UUCCUCAGAAGAAGGCUCCUGGGUGCUUUGAAGAACAUUCUGAAGAUUAUAUAGGAGACAACAUAUCAAGAAUCUAUUUUUUGAGUUUGUCUAAAACAAAAGCCAAGUUCUCCCUAAUGUAACUGCAUUAGUGUUUAUUUUGAGAAGGAAAUAUAUAGCUUUAAAAAAAAAAAUCAACCUUAAAGUUGAUAGCUUAGUCCAAAAACAUCCAUUGUGGAAGAUGUCUCUGAACAAUUCUUCCACUGUGUUUCUGGACUCAGUGCCCAGUCAUGCCAGUCGCUUUCAAGUUAAUGUCAUAAGUGAGAGCCAUGAGAGCAGUGUAGCUGCAGAUGGCAACACCGACCCGCCACAUUACGAAGAAACCUCUUUUGGGGAUGAAACCCAGAACAGACUCAGAAUCAGCUUUAGGCCUGGGAAUCAGGAGCGCUAUGACAAUUUCCUCCAUAAUGGAGAAACUGCUAAAACAGAUGCCAGUUUUCACGCUUAUGAUUCUAACACAAACACAUACUACCUGCAAACCUUUGGCCACAACACCGUGGAUGCCGUCCCGAAGAUCGAGUACUAUCGUAACACCGGCAGCGUCAGCGGGCCCAAGGUCAACCGGCCCAGCCUACUUGACAUUCACGAGCAGCUCGCCAAGGAUGUGGCCGUGGCCCCAGGUUCGGCCAGCAGGGUUGCUAAUGGCGAUGGGGUCCCCGGAGAAGAACAAACUGAGAACAAGGAAGAAGAAAAUCAAUCCGGUGCUGUGAAGUUUGGCUGGGUGAAAGGUGUGCUGGUGAGAUGCAUGCUGAAUAUCUGGGGGGUCAUGCUCUUCAUUCGCCUCUCCUGGAUCGUUGGAGAAGCUGGAAUUGGUCUUGGAGUUCUCAUAAUUCUUCUUUCCACCAUGGUAACUUCCAUUACUGGGUUGUCAACUUCUGCAAUAGCAACUAACGGGUUUGUUCGUGGAGGUGGUGCCUACUACCUUAUUUCCAGAAGCUUAGGGCCUGAGUUUGGUGGGUCGAUAGGCUUGAUCUUUGCUUUUGCCAAUGCUGUGGCUGUUGCUAUGUAUGUGGUGGGAUUUGCUGAAACUGUGGUAGAUCUUCUUAAGGAGAGUGACUCAAUGAUGGUGGAUCCGACUAACGACAUCCGGAUAAUAGGCUCCAUCACGGUGGUGAUUCUUUUAGGAAUUUCAGUAGCUGGAAUGGAAUGGGAAGCAAAGGCCCAAGUGAUUCUUCUGAUCAUUCUUCUCAUUGCUAUUGCCAACUUCUUCAUUGGAACUGUCAUUCCAUCCAAUAAUGAGAAGAGGUCCAGAGGUUUCUUUAAUUACCAAGCAUCAAUAUUUGCAGAAAACUUCGGACCGAGCUUCACAAAGGGUGAAGGCUUCUUCUCUGUGUUUGCCAUUUUUUUCCCAGCAGCUACUGGAAUUCUUGCUGGUGCCAAUAUCUCGGGAGAUUUGGAGGAUCCCCAAGAUGCCAUCCCCAGAGGAACCAUGCUGGCUAUUUUCAUCACCACUGUAGCCUACAUAGCAGUUGCCAUUUGUGUAGGGGCCUGUGUGGUCCGAGAUGCCACUGGGAGCAUGAAUGACACCAUCAUUUCUGGGAUAAACUGCAAUGGUUCAGCAGCCUGUGGGCUGGGCUACGACUUCUCAAGAUGCCGACGUGAGCCAUGUCAGUAUGGGCUGAUGAACAAUUUCCAGGUCAUGAGCAUGGUGUCAGGGUUUGGCCCCCUCAUCACUGCUGGGAUCUUUUCUGCAACACUCUCCUCCGCACUGGCCUCCCUCGUCAGCGCACCCAAAGUGUUCCAGGCUCUGUGCAAGGACAAUAUCUACAAAGCUCUGCAGUUCUUUGCAAAGGGAUAUGGGAAAAACAAUGAACCCCUGAGAGGAUAUCUUCUCACUUUUGUUAUAGCCAUGGCGUUUAUUCUCAUUGCGGAACUGAACACUAUCGCGCCAAUCAUCUCCAACUUUUUCCUGGCCUCAUACGCGCUUAUUAAUUUCUCCUGCUUCCAUGCCUCUUAUGCCAAAUCUCCAGGAUGGAGACCUGCAUAUGGAGUUUACAACAUGUGGGUAUCUCUUUUUGGAGCUAUUUUGUGCUGUGCAGUCAUGUUUGUCAUCAACUGGUGGGCCGCUGUCAUCACCUAUGUCAUUGAGUUCUUCCUCUAUAUCUAUGUGACUUAUAAGAAGCCAG